UUCCCGCGCGGGAUUGUUCGUCGGCCUCCUCCUUCGCCAAAAUGAGUUUGUGGGUUGAUAAAUACCGUCCUCGGGAGCUUUCCAAGCUAGAUUUUCACCUGGAGAAAGGGGCACAUCUCAAGAAAUUGGUUGAAGGGGGUGAUUUUCCACAUCUCUUAGUGUAUGGACCAUCAGGUGCUGGGAAGAAAACUCGAAUUAUGUGCCUUCUACGAGAACUAUAUGGCCCAGGUGUGGAGAAGCUAAGGAUUGAACAUCAAAAUUUUCAGACACCCUCCAAGAAGAAGCUGGAAAUUGUAACAAUUGCCAGCAAUUAUCACAUAGAAGUGAAUCCCAGUGAUGUUGGCAUCUAUGACAGGGUCGUUAUUCAGGAACUCAUCAAGACUGUGGCGUCUUCACAGCAGCUGGAUACAAGUGGUCAGAGAGAAUUUAAAGUGGUUGUGCUAAAUGAAGUUGAUAAACUGACAAAAGAUGCUCAGCACGGCCUCCGUCGUACAAUGGAGAAGUACAUGGCAACUUGUAGGCUGAUUCUGUGUGCAAAUUCAACAUCCAAGGUCAUUCCGGCUAUCCGCAGUCGUUGUCUUGGGGUGAGGAUUCCAGCCCCCGCAGUCGAGGAUGUUGUUAAAGUCCUACAGGCUGUGUGCAAGAAGGAGGGCUUGUCAUUACCAACUGAGCUUGCCAAAAGAAUUGCUGACAAGUCAAAUCGCAACUUAAGACGCGCCAUAUUAAUGUGUGAGGCUUGUAGAGUCCAACAAUACCCCUUUAGUCCUCAACAAGACAUUAGUAUCCCAGAUUGGGAAGUGUUCUUACAAGAAACAGCAGCAAAGAUUGUUGAGGAGCAGAGUCCAAACAGAUUGUUGGAUGUUCGAGGAAGGAUUUAUGAGCUGCUGACACAUUGCAUACCUCCGGAGGUUAUUUUCAAAGGCCUAUUAAAGGAGUUGGUCAGAAAUUGUGAUGGUGAACUGAAGUGUGAAGUGACAAGACUAGCUGCCUAUCAUGAACACCGCCUGAAUCUCGGUUCAAAGGCUAUAUACCACAUAGAGGCCUUUAUUGCAGCAUUCAUGGCAAUUUACAAGAAAUUCUUAGAAGACAGUAUGUCAGCCAUGUUUUGAAAUUUAUAAUUCUUUAUUUCUUAGAAUUAGAAUGUAUUUUAGUUUGUUUGUUUUUGUUUUUCUGCAGAUGACAUCUUUUGUUUAAAUUUCACAACAUAAACAUGUAAUCAGCAUUAUUCAAGGAUAAAAUAUACAAAGUGUGCAAAUUA